AUGGAUCCUUUUAGCAUUACCGUCGGCGCAAUCACGCUUGCAGCUACAUUACGCUCCACAGUCAAGUUCAUUCACAAAGCUAGAAAGCUUCCUCAAGAAACAGAGAGCUUACUUCAAAACAUAGAGGAUAUUGAAGUCGUUCUGCAACACGCCGACGCACACUUUCAGAGGGCGCGACAACAUGCCGAGCCAUCCAGGCAGCAUGAGGCAACAGAGCAGCGCUUAAUUUUAAUGAUUCAGAAAGCCUCAAAAACCUUGAGUAACAUGCAGGUGCUGCUCAACCCCCUUAGAGAUGGAAAGGAUGUGUCGUCAACACCUCAGAUAUCCCAGACGGAGCCCGAAACAUCGCUGCUGGUCGAGACAGGCAAUCCUCGAGUGUCCAUUGCGCAGGGCAGUCAAAGCAGCAUACUGAAUCCAGGACCAAACAACGGCGUCAAUGGUUCAAACAAAGGAAGCCAUGUCAAGUUCCGGUGGAUGAAGCGUAGCAACUUUUCCAUUCUCACGAAGCUAAAGGAUUGCCAGUCCGAGCUGAUCAACAUCAAAUCUAAUGUGAUGCUGAUCCUGUCGGUUGCAAACUCAGCGCAAUCUGAGUCUCUCGAAGACAUGAUUGCUCGACAUUCAGACGCCGCAGCUGAUUCGUUCGCUGCCCAGCACCUGAUGCAAUAUGGAAUGCUGGAGAUACUUACCCGCCAGCACAGUAUGAUGGGUGAAGUACAAACCCACCUGCAAGCGAUAUCCCAGGAUCUGGCCGGUCGUCCUCAGGGGAGACGGACAUCAGACUCGAAUGGAGGUCCGAUCGUUACCGAGGUGGACUCCGACGAAGACGAGACCGAUAACCAACGGGUGCUCGUUAGUGCAACAGUCGACCCUCCAACGCUCCAGGAACGUCUUCCCCUAUUGCCAGAUGCUGGUGAUACUUGGUCCGCGGUGACCAGUCGAACUCGAACUAUAGAGAGAAGGGUAUCGGUUGCGGUAUCUGAUACCAAUGAGACGUCCGAGGAUUACAUCGAGCCCCGACGUACGUUCAAAGCCAAACAACGAGCCCGCAGCGCUGCAUACCAACAAUACUGCGCAUGGGGCUGUAAUUGUACUUGUCACAAAAGUCACAGUUUCGCAACUGCGCAGAAGUUGAGUCCUAUCAUUGGUAACUUGGCUUUGGAGGUCAUCUAUCCCGCGUCGAUCACAGGCCCCUGCAACCAACAUAGCUGCAGAAGACGCUCGGCACCAAUGACUCAGUUCGAAUACAAGUUCCCUAGAUGGCUGAUCAUGGCCAUGGUGUCAGCAACCUUCAGUCUCGAAAACUUGUACAGCUGCAACUUCACUAUAAGGGCCGCUAGAAUCGUCCCGGAUACAGCGCUCAUUUUUCGAUACGCGACUGAGGGUAAUUUGGAAGGCAUUCGGCGUUUAUUUGCUGAAGGCAAAGCGUCUGCUUUCGAUGCCGAUGAGAGCAAUGGAACGCAAGCUCUCGUCUAUGCAACGGAUCGAGGUCAUGUUGAUGUCUGGAGAUUCCUUCUUGAGGCGGGAGCAGACCCGUACUUUACAUGCAAGGCAAAACAUUCCACCAUGGAUGUCGCUUGCUCCAAGCUGUACACCUUCAGGGAUGGGUCGGACAUCACAAAUGAGGCUUUCGUGGCUGCCCUUAAGAAAGAUUUUGACACGGAAGAAUACCUCGAGCAAAGACAUUUUCCAUCUUUGCAUAAGCUGGUCCUGGGGAUCCACGACCUAGACUUGGAGUCUCAGUUGCGGCUUUCAACAUCUGAGAUCAACGAGCGAGACUACCAGGGGCGAACCGCUGUCUCAUGGGCUGCCAUGCGCGGAGACUUUGUCGCGCUCGAAAUCCUACUACGAUAUGGCGCCGAUCCCAACCUCACUGCCUUCAAUGGGGAUGCACCUCUACACUACGCUGUAAGGGCCACAACGCAUAGAUGUAUUGAGCCGCUGCUACGAUACGGCGCAGAUGUCAAUGCUACCAACGCCUGGCGAGUGAAUCCCUUGUGUCUUUCCGCCGCCAAUCGCGACAACCUAGAUUACGUCGUGCCAUUGUUGAAUUACAAUGCCAAUCUGGAGCUAAUGGAUAAACAUGGACGAACGRCACUGGUACGAGCCAUUAACUUGAACAGACCGAAUAUCGUGAAAUGCCUGCUUCAACAUGGUGCCGUGUUACCGGAAUGCGACCUUUGGGGUUCUCAGCCACUGGUGGCCGCUAUCGAGAAGAGAUUCACUGAAGUCGCGAACAUCAUUCUUGAAUGGUCUACACUGUCAUUCAACAAGUCCAAUGUUCAAAGUGUGCUUGAAGUAGCCCGACGAUUCGAGGACACGGAAGUAGAGCGUGCGCUCCUAGCAUUGCAAGCACGAUUCUUCGACUGA